AGCCAAACAUCUGGAGGGACGCGUCGGCAGAAGAGCGCCCGACUACGAAGCGAAGAGAAACAAGGGAAAAAAAGAACGCUCGACUGCGAAGCAGCGAACGGGUGCGCGGCAGGAGCAGGAGGAGGAAGGAGGAAGAGAGGAACCUACACGAAGCGGCAAGGAUAGCUCUUAGUCGACUUCCAUGGGCGGUUAUACAUACCAUCGACGCCCGAACUAAAGCAGACGCUCUGUCAAAAUCGAUGGUCAUGGGCCAGCGGGGCAGCGGGCAAGCACCUUCCGCCACGCCGCGGCCGCCGCUCGGCAGCCGAGCAAGCUCGGCGUCUGCUGCUUCGGCCGACGCCGUCGAGCUGCGGCCCGCCGCGCGCCCGCCCUCGGCGAAGCUCGCCGCGGAAAAUCGGGGGAAAACAAACCUACCUCGCUUUUGACCACCCUCGCUUCCGAGAGAUACCGAACGAUGCCAAAUUGCGGCCUGUACUGGUCAGGCCGCUUGACGAGGAGGCGCGUGGUAUGGCCUGGUUUUGCCUGGAAGCGAAAGCGGGGGAGGAAUUCACGCUCUGAGGAAAGGCUCUCCUCCUCCUGGUGCUCGUCGGUGCGCGAGCCGCUGCCGGAAGACACGCACAGCUCCUCCGUGUCGGGCUCGGGCUCGGUGCCUGCCCGCCGAACCGGCGCGACCGGCUUGGGCGCGGGCUUCGGCGCAAGCGGAGGCCGGCCCUUGCCGACGCGCGCGCCCCUUCGCGGCUGCACCGCGGGGGCUUCUGGCGACGCGGCGCGCGGCGGGUCCACGGCGGCCGCCGGCGGCGGCCGCCCCGCGGCGGGCAGCGCCGGCCAGCAGCCAGAGGUGGCCAGCAGCCAGCAGCGGCCGCCAGCAGCAAGCGGCCCAGGUCCCUAGCUAGGCGCCUGGGCAAGGGAAGUGGCGCACGGGCAAAGAGCGAUCGCACGUUGCAGCAGGGCCCCCGCGUCUGGCGCCUCGCCUCCCGCGAGCGCCCCGUCAAGCGGACAGGCGUCCCGCACGAUAGCGGUCCCCAUGGCGGCCACGGGUCAAGCCAGGCCUGCUAUGGAAGGAUCUCACUGCGCGCGGUUCUCGCGCGCGCGCGCUCAAUGUCCAUCUGUCUUGCCUUGGAGCC